AUGGGCGAAGAAUCGGAGCCUCUCACUGAGGAAGUUUCCAAAGCCAUUCAAUCUCUUUGGUCCGAUCCCGGUGUGAAGAAAGCAUUUGAAAUGCGAAGCGAGUACCAAUUGACGGAUUCCGCCAAAUACUUCCUAGACUCAUGCGCUCGAGUUAGCGAGCCAGGUUAUAGACCCUCUGAGCAAGAUAUCCUCUAUUCUCGAGUGGCGACCACCGGUGUAGUUGAAGUGAAGUUCAAGAUCAAGGAACUGGAUUUCAGGUGA